AUGGCUUUUCCACCACGUGCUUGUCUAACAAAGCAGACUAAUGCACUGUUGUCGGACCCUAUAGUAACGCCAGUGACGGACGAGUUUCCCACGGAUGAACAAAAUGAGAAAGAAGAGGCAAAGGAUAAGGAUCAAAAAACUGCUGGGGACACUGUAAAGAGGUUUAAACCAGGCGCUAAGGAUCUUAGUGUAGAUUACGGGGCUAAAAAACAUAAAACUGGAGCAGAGAGAUGCGUCUCAGACCCCAUAGUUACUCCAGUAACAGAUGAAUUUGCCACUGAAGAUGAGGGUACAGAAGCAAAAGAUAAAGCAAUGAAAACAGAUGGAAAGCAAGAAAAUAAAAAAGAAGAGAAUGGAAAAGAGAAGAAGAAAAAUAAUGGCAAGAAGGGCUAG